GGUAUAUAAUUUUCAUUUAUUAUUAUAGCUUUUUUUAAACGUGACGUGUUGUUUAUGAUUUUAAUUUCAGUUUACUUGGAAAAAUUAAUUGGGUGGCAACGACGGCUGACUGUUGGUCAGCUCACAACAAAAGUUAUUUGGGCAUGACAGUUCACUGGUUAGAUCCUAUCACAAGAGCCAGAAUGCAUGCAGUAUUAACGUGCAUACGCCUAAAAGGUCAUCAUACAUACGACAUCCUGGCCCAAGCAAUGAUAGAUAUUCACUAUGAAUUUCACAUAGAUAAAAAAAUCACAAGGACUACUACGGAUAAUGGCAGUAACUUUGUAAAGGCAUUUGUGCAAUUCGGCUCGGAGAUCGACAUACUUCCAGAGUUGCCAUCGUGUGAUUUAGAGUCUGAGUCUGACCCUGAUAUUGCCAAUCUUUUAAAUCCAAACUCAGAAGAAAAUGAUGACUUAGAAUUUAUUUCAGUAGAAAACAUACUGAAUGCUCCUGAUCGUCUCCAGUGCAAUGAAAUCAAUGAACAGAUAUUAGAAAACUUUAAUACUUUGCCAGUUCACAUGAGAUGUGCUGCACAUACGUUCAAUUUGGUCGCUAGCAAAGAUGCAGAUGCUGCUCUACACAUAACUGUUUUCAAAACUCCCUACAGAAGUGCCUUAGCCAAGGCACGUACUCUCUGGAAUCAGCAAUCACGUAGCACGGUAGCAGCAGAUAUCAUUCACGCUGAAUUAAGCAGACGACUUGUCCUUCCAAAUUCGACGAGGUGGAACUCUCUUUAUGAUGCUAUUGUCGUUCUCAACGCUAUAUUGGAAACAAAAAGGCCUUCUCUUCACAGAGUUAUGACUCAACUAAAAAUUGUAACUUUCAAUGACCAAGAUGUGACUGUAAUGAAGGAGUACGCAAAGGUAAAUUUAUAUAUGUACAUAGUUUAAAAUAACGUUUUAGUAAAGUUAUUUUCUUUCCACAUCGUAUCAAUACUUAUAUUAAAUACUU